AUGUCUUUUGAUGAUGAAGAACCCAUAAGCCUCUCGAGUCACGCCCUGACCGCGUUAGCCGAAUUCCACGCCGAAAAGGAUGCAUAUGAAAGGACGUUCCAGAAGUUGAGGACCGGCGCCGCCCCAAGAGCCGGAGCCGGACUCGGGGUGGUCGAACCGGAGGACGAGGACCCCAUAGCGGAAGACGUGGACGACCAGCCGCUGAGCAUGGCCGCCUUUACGGAGGACUGGAACGAAUCGCAAUUUUGGUUCCUGGACGAAACUGCCUUUGCACUGGCCGAUCAGCUCCUCGAUGGAGCAUCAUCAAGUUCAACGAUUGGUGUAGUAUCGACACCAAGUGUGUUUAUUGCACUCAAGAACCGUCUUAGGUUCUGGCCCGUCCAAGAUCGACCAAAGUUGGUACUGUUUGAGCACGACCACCGGUUCAGCGUCUUCCCUGAAUUCGUCUUCUACGACUUCCAACGACCUCUCCAACUUCCACAUAACCUGAAAGGAAGCUUGGACAGUGUUAUCAUUGAUCCUCCCUUUUUCAGCGAUGACUGUCAGACAAAGUUUGCCCUGACCGGCCGCUGGCUCAUCAAACCAAACUCGCCCCGUAUCAUUGUCUGCACUGGCGAGCGAAUGGCUCCCAUCAUUGACAAGCUUUAUAGCUCUGUCGGAGUCUACCCAACCACGUUUGAGCCUGCUCAUGCAGGCUUGAGCAAUCACUACUACUGCUACGCCAACUUCGAGAGCUCGACCUGGGACUGGCGAUCGGAUGAAUCCGAUUAG